AUGAUUCCAAGUAUAAAGAGCGGACUUUGCUUUAUUCUAAAAAAAACAAUUGCGCAUUUAUUUGCCAGGCCUGGUUUACCUUCUGUGAAAUGGUUCGAGCCCCUAAUCGAUCGUUGGUUGGCGGUCACUAAAACUAUGGCGCUGCAAAGAGUGCGAGCAGCUGUAGAACUUGAUCGACCCGUUGACGGAGAACACAUUGUGAAACAUAGCACAUCCUCAGUGGAUACAGCGGCAUGUUUAUACCACAUGCGGCUUGUCUGGCGUUCCAUCGGUGGGGCUGAAGAAGGUACUCUAGGAGGAAGCGUGAGACUUCUAGAGGCGGCUUGUGCAACCGCUUUGCACUACGCCGAUUUAGUUCACGGUGCAUUAGCUGACCAGGGAUAUUACGAAAACCAUGGUCAGAAUAAAUCAACUGAAGAGAUUUGUACAAUUGUUAACAAUUUGGAGUACGUUCGCCGUUCUCUGUCUGAAUACGACGAUGAGCAGAUUUCUAACGACGACAAUUCCCGCCAACUGGUUCGCGGUGCUUUGGGUACCCUGGAGUGUCGGUCGAUUCGUGCCGCCGUUCCGCUUGCGGUGAGGGCUCGACCCCCUCUCCGCAAGGCUGUCUUCCACCUCGCCUGGUCGCCUGACUCACUCCCCACACAGCAGGCAAUAACACCACUAUUGGAGUAUUUGGAUCAACAUCUAUCGUCUUUGAACACGUGGUUGUUGCCCCGUGCCUUCACAAGGGCUUUAGCGGCCUGUUGGAACGCUGUGCUCAAGGAGGUGUCGAAUCAAGCAGACUCGGGAGGCGCAGAGAAACCCCGGGUCUAUCAUCACAGAUUGAAGGAAGCGUUGGAUCUUCUUGCUGAAUUCAUCCACGCUGAAGGAAAAGGUCUCCCGAUGACGGAAGUGCACAAUACCGAAUGGAAACGGCUAGAACAACGAAUGCAAUAUCACCAAGCACCAACUGAAGAGUUGCUAGAGCUUUGGCUAGAGGACCGGUUAACAGAUCAAGGGCGUACACCAUUGCCUUCGCCCUAUGGGUCCAUCUUAAUCAGAGUGUACUUCAAUCACGAUUCUCUAUGUGUGGAAAUACUGUCGGCACGUGACGUGAUUCCGCUCGAUCCGAACGGAUUAAGCGACCCUUUCGUGGUCCUCGAGUUGCUGCCCAAGAGGCUCUUCCCCAAAACACACGAACAGACCACUAAUGUACAAAAGAAAACACUGAACCCGGUGUGGGACGAGUGUUUCGAGUUUGCCGUGUCCUUGGAGGCGUGUCGGUCACCACAAGCGACCCUGGCUUUAUCCGUGUGGGACCGGGAUGUGCUGACCGCGGACGAUUUCGCCGGGGAAGCCUUUGUACCCAUCUCACGUGUGCCCGGGGUCAAUAGUCACGCACCGCCGGACCCUCUGAGGCCCAUAGAGCUACCACUUAUGCAGUUACAUGAUCGGGGACACCCGAUUUUGCAGAUUCUGGAAUCUCGAAACACGGACAAAAUGGCUAUGGAUUUCGUUAAAAAACAAAAACUGCGAUUCGCUGAAUAA